AUGGCUGACGAAAGUAGGUUCCUCUGGGUAAAGCUUCAGCUACAGACCUUGUGCGACGAGGGGAUCAAGCGUGAGAAAGACGUCUUGCUUGAACUCGAUAAGAAUCCCACAGAGAUUGGACAGCUGUACGAAAGCAUUUUCGAACGCAUCACACAGUCUGGGCGGAGUAGCAGAGAGAUUGCAGGAUCUGUUCUCCGAUGGCUCCUGGUAUGCAGGCGUCCGCUCAACACUAUGACCUUCUUGCAGGCUGUCUCGGACGCUGACGAUGACAACUUGAGCAAAGACGAUGUGCUGGACGUUUGCCGGAAUCUGGUAAUUGUGGACGACGAGACUGACACGUUCAGGUUCGCACACCUAUCAGUACAGGAGUUCCUCCAGAAAAGGGAGGGCUAUGAGAGCGACAAUCUGCACACUUUUGCAGCGUCGAGGUGUUUAGAAGAGUUCGAGUCAUCUCGACGGAACAUGUACGACGACGAUGGUCGUCCUGAUCCGAACUCGAAGUGCUUCUAUGCUUAUGCGGUGGUCAACUGGGUAUACCAUUGCCUUAUGGUGAAGAGCCGAACCGAGGAUCUCAUUGAGAAGUUGGGGUCCUUUUUAAGAGACGAAGAUGUAUUCGCUGUCUGGAAUCAUGACGCCUUGGAGAGUACCGAGCGAGAAGAAUAUUUCGUGGCAGUAACCGACUUCGAGAACCCAUGUCUUAACGGGCACAAAGCGACACAAAGCUUCGUCAUAGCAAGGCUCGGCCUGAUCGAUGCUUUCGAAGAGCAUUUCGACCUUGACUGGAGAUACAACAAUAUCAAAGGCGAGGCGCCAAUUCACAUAGCUGCUUUUGCGGGUAACCUCGAGAUCGUCAAGAGACUCAUCGAUGAGAAAGACAUGGAUGCCAACCAUCAAGGCGAUACCAAUUUUGGUCCACUGUUGGCUGCGUGCGUGAAUGGGCACAAAGACAUCGUGGAUUACCUCCUCUCGUUGGACGGUGUGGAAGUGAAUCGACGAAGCGAUUUCGGCAAGACACCUUUGAUUGCGGCAGCCAAGGCUGGUAAUCAAGAUUUGUGCAAAUUUCUGCUAGACAGGGGUGCUCUUGUGAACUUCCAAGCACUGGAUGACGACACCGCGUUAAUAGUUGCAGCAGAGUAUGGCAAACUUUCGACCGUGCAGGCGCUUCUAAAGAAACGUGCUGAUCCGAAUAUCGUUGGUCGUUUCAAACGCACUGCUUUGUUCGCAGCCAGUCUAUGCCGAGAAGAGCAGUUCCAGGACGUUAUAAAGCUUCUCAUCAGGGCAGGAGCCAAUAUCGAUUCUCAGGACAUUGAUGGAGAUACCGUUCUCCACAUGGCAGCACAAGCCGGCGAUCUUGACUUGGUNGCGGCUUUUUCUCUCCAAAAGGCAAAGCUCAAUAUUAAGAACAAUCAAGGUAGAUCAGCCUUGGACUUCGCUUGUGCAGGGAACCAGCUGAAGGUCAUUGAGUACCUCCUCAAGAGCGGAGCGAUAUGCGAACCAGACGCUUCUGGUAGAACAGAGCUUCAUGAGAUCAUUGGUGGAGACGGAAAGUGUGAUGCUGACACCAUUGAGCUUUUUGUGUCCAAAGGUGUCAACGUAAAUGCGACUGACAACGAUGGAAUCAGUAAGUGUCUGCUUCGUUGCUUCUUUUGUAAAUAUUGCUGA